GGGGAAUUUGUCAGCCUGCAGCUCUUCGCGCAGUUCACGUUUCUGCUCCUCACUACGCAGAGGCUUCGUCUCAGACAGGAGCGCUUUUCCACCGUGUCGGGGAGUUUUUGUUGUUGCUGUUGUUUUGGGAGGGAAGAAGUUUGAACUUCCAGGAUGAAAGUGGUUCUUCUCCUCGCCGUGGCCUGCCUCGCCUUGCAUGAGGGAAAAGGAGCGCCGAGGACGGCCGUUUAUAAGUUUUUGAGAUGUAAUCCUGCGGACGGCCGGGUCAACUGUGUGACCCAGCAGAGCCCUGAGAUGCCGUGGAGUCCAGAGCUCCCGUCCAAGCUGCCGGCGUCUGAGGCAGACAGCCUAGAUGCAGAACCAGUGGAGGACGAGAGUCCGCCUGGCGAGGAUCCUAAGGAGGACGAGGAUGAGACACAGAUGAGGAGCGAAGACGGGGAGUCCCCUUGGUUCGUCCCAGAAGAAGAAGGCUCUGGUUAUGAAGGCUCUGCUGCAGAUUACUGGAGCGUCGCUGAUGAACCCAAAGCAGCUGAAAGUGAGACAGGCUCCGGUGAAUUCUGGACAGACUCUGUUCAACCCAAAGUUGGAAAGGUGCGGGGCAUGAAGAGGUUGUUCCCUGGCAGUUUUCUUGUUGAAGAGGCAAAGCCGACAAAGCAGGACCUGGAAGAAGACAGCCUGCUGAAAAUAUAGUCGGAACAGGAAAGUCAGCCAUUGUUAACUCCUCAGCUAGAUAAAAAACGUAACAGAAGAUUGCCACCUGCUGGAGAGGGGAGGAACUCACAGAUGCAAAUUGAUUAUUUGAGUAAAAGAUUAUUUUUAUUAUCAUGAGAAUUUAUUUUCUUUGCUAUAAAAAAAUGGCUGCUGUUUUUUUUUUUGUUGUUGUUGUUUUUUUUAAAAAAAGCCAGUAUAGUUUGCCAGUCAGUGUAAAUUUGAUAACGUCUAAGCUGUGCUUCCUCAGUAUUUUUGCAUUUUUGUGAAAAACAAAAGAAUUUUUGUGAAAAACAAAAGAAUUUACCAUGGUUUGUGAUGUAAAUAAAACCAGCAUUUAAAUCGUGACAACGCUAGUGCAAUAACAUGAUACUUUCUUCACUCCAUUGCACGUUUUCAGGCCAUCUUUGGAAUAACAGGCCACAGUGAAAACUUAUUUAUUUCAUUUUAUUUCACCCUGAACUGGACAGCAUUUCAAAAUAUCCAGAGUGAGCAAACCCUGUGGACACAAACCCCUAAGAGAAAAUUCAAAGGGUUUACGAUGUAAACGAGCUUGAAAUUUAUACAAUGUUUAUGCCUACAUCUCAGCAAUAUUGUUUCCAUUUAUUUCACAUUGCUUAAUGUGCAUUUGACAUUUCAAUCUAUAAGCAAUUCAAUAAAACCUGCUUAAAACUG